AUGUCUGGUCCUCCAUCACCAUUGAUAGAGAAUUACCUGCGGGACACGGGUUUUUGGUACGUGGCCACGAUAGGUAGGUGGUGCAAGUUGGACCCGAAAAUAAUCAGUGCGUUGAUAGAGAGGUGGAGACCCGAGACGCAUACUUUCCAUCUUCCAUGCAGAAAGUGUACUAUCACUCUGGAAGACGUGCAAUUGCAAUUGGGAUUGCCGAUAGAUGAGUACGCAGUUAUCGGGUCCGCUCAAUCUGCUGAUUGGGGAGCCGUAUGCUACGAGCUUUUGGGUGCUAUUUCGGAUAAUAUUAACGGAGGUCGAAUCGAGAUGGGCUGGUUACGAGACACAUUCUUCGAGCUGGAUAAUGAUUUGACUAAACUAGAAAGAAUACAAUAUGCUCGGGCAUACAUUCUUGAGAUGAUUGGAGGUUAUCUGAUGCCGGACUUAUUGCGAAACCGCAUACAUCUGAGAUGA